AUGAAUUUAUAUUUGGAUAUCUUAUUGAACAUUAUCGUUAAGACUUAUUUUCUAGAUAGUCGAUGUCUACUGGUUUUUACUGAUGAGGAUAAUUAUUUUGACUAUAAUGGAGACAUUCCUGUGAUUAAUAUUAAAGUCAGCAAAGACUCCAUUAAUCCACAUUUAUUUCUUCAUUAUUUUGGUUGUAAGGCAGUAUUGAUUAAAACUAAUAAUCCCGUUACAGUUUUUGAACAAUUUGAAAAUGAAAUAAGAACUAGUAUCGAACGAUUUAAUGAAAGAAAGUUCCUCAUUGCCCCAGGUCUACAUAUAAAUGAAAAUAUAACCAACAUAUUCUUAUCACACUCUAUUAGAUACGUAGUUGAUUUUGUCGCAAUAACUUUGGCAGACUAUUCUUGGAACAACAAUUCUUUCAUUUCAAAACAUAUUGAAAGGUAUAACCUUUGGACCCACAAGUAUGUAGGAUUUGACUAUUCUCAGAAAGAACUUCUGGAUACAUGGUAUUCUGUUAAUAGAUCAUUUGUUCAUAACAGCAACUUGUACGAGUAUAAACUUAAAAAUCAAAUGGGAAGAACUUUAAGAAUGGCAACAUUUCAAUAUGAACCGUACUCUAUUCCAGGAGAAACCAUCAAUGACCAUAAAGGGUCUGAACUCUAUUCAAUGAUUAUUUUCGCUAAAUAUAUAAAUGCUACACCAGAACUUGUUAUUAAUCCCAAAGAUUAUUGGGGAUAUAUUUUCGAUAACUGGACUGGUAAUGGUUUAGUGGGUAAUUUAGCAGACGAUAAAGCUGACAUAGGUUUCGCUGCCUUGUACACCUGGGAAGCUGACUAUCAUUUUUUGGACUUGUCAACAGCUUUAAUAAGAACAGGUAUAACGUGUUUAGUGCCAGCUCCUAAGUUAGCUGCUGGAUGGUUAACGCCAUUGUUUUCAUACUCUUAUCCAAUGUGGUGUUCUGUGGCAGCUAUAUUUAUUGUUUCUAUAUUAGUCCACGCUUUGAUGUUUCUUGUACAAACUACACCGCAUAGACCCAAAAAUGAGAAACUAAAUCAGAAAACAAAAUACAAAAACUCAGUGUUCGUCAUUUUUAAGUUGUUUUUGUCGCAGAUCGUACAGAAAUCUGAAAUACCACCAGGGAAACACGGAAUUAUUUUUAUGGCAGUGCUGUUCAUAUCCAGCUUUUUCUUCACCUGCAGUUACUGCAGUGGGCUAUCUACAGUUAUGACGGUACCUAUAUACGAAAAUUCUAUAAGUACUAUAGAUGACUUUGUAAACAGUAACUUAAUAUGGGUUGGAACCCACAAUGGUUGGAUUGAUUCUAUACUUCAGGCAGAUGACGAAAUUUACAAAAUAAUUGUUGACAAAUUUUUACCAAUUCCAAAUGAGGAUACACUUCGGGCGUAUUCAAAGAUGGGUGAUAAAGCUUUCGCUCUUGAACGUCUACCACGAGGUAACUACGCAAUUGGAAAGUACAUUAAGGAUGAUACUAUCGAACAUUUCCGUCUGAUGAAAGAAGAUUUCUACUGGGAAGAAGCAGUGGUAAUGACACGAAAAAGUUCGAUUCUUCUACCAGAACUAAAUAAAUUUAUUUUGCGAGUUUUUGAAGCUGGACUGAUUUCAGUUUGGCAAAAUGAGGCUGUAAUGAGCGGCAUGGAUCCCUAUAUUCAGAAAGUCGUCCAGUAUUACACCACAAACAAAGAUAGAUUCAUUGUAGAAUUAAAACUGAUCCACGUAGCUGGAGCUUUCAGUAUUUUAGGUUUUGGGUUCAUAAUUAGUACCAUUAUUUUCCUUUUUGAGAUUUCUAUCACCAAUUUAUUACAGUGUAAAAAAGUUGCUUAGAAUAUAAUGAAAAGGAACUAAUGACAAUUUUUGAUCUCAUCUGACCUCCGCCUGAAUCUAUAGAUCAUUAUAAUAUUAUAUGUAUAGUGGAAAAUAAUA